AGUGUUCAUAACCUCAAAUUAUUGAUAAAUAUUUUUCGUACAUAAGUACAGUGGAAAAAAUUGUGAAAACGUUAUUUUCAUUUAAAGAAUAUAUCGAAACUGUUAAUCACUUUAUGAAAAACUAAAGGAAACCAAUUGUGAGUAAAUUAAUACCAAAUUAAAAGAAAUUUUCAACAUGAACAAAGAAAAUAUAAAAGUAUUAUUCAACGGUUAUUCCAAAUUCGAAAAUGGUAAUUACUUCGCCAAUUGUUCUUGUGUUUUAAUAAAAACUACACCCUGUAUAAUUAUCGAUACGAUGACGUCGUGGGAUGAAGAAAAAUUAUUGAACGCAUUGAAUGAAGAAGGUGUAUAUGCGAACGAUAUAAAAUUCGUAAUUUCCACUCACGGACAUUCUGAUCAUAUUGGUUGCAACCAUUUGUUCAAAUCGGCUACUCACAUCGUAGGUUACAGUGUUUCACACAGGGACGAAUAUUUUACAGAACCGGAUUUCAGAAAUAACGAAGAAUACGUUAUUAACGAACACGUUAAAGUUGUUCCUACACCGGGGCAUACAUUACAAGACGUAACCGUUCUCGUCGAAACCGUAGACGGGUUAAUAGCGGUUACGGGGGAUUUAUUUGAAAAAUAUGAAGAUCUCGAUGAUGAUUGCGUGUGGUUAAAUGCCGGUAGCGAUUCGGAGACGUUGCAGAGAGAAAAUAGGAGAAAAAUAUUGGAUAUUGCGGAUUAUAUAGUACCUGGACAUGGUGCUAUGUUUAAAGUUCCUGAAAAGUUUAAAAAGAACUGAACUUUCGUUGGAUUUUGACACUAUUCACUAGUACCGAUUCAUAAUUACGCGUUUCUGUAACCUCGUUAUUAUCAUUAAACGUAUUUUCAAUUUUAUGAACAUCAUCGAUUAAAUCGAAGUCAUUGCCGAAGAAAUCGCUGGCCUUCUUCUACAUCGACAUAUUUCGCGUGGGAGAGUAGAUACUAAGAAGUUUGUAACAAAAGUGAGGUCACCAAUGAGUUACAGAAUGAAAAACGAUUGUCCAGAAGAUCAAUAGUGAGGCUACUCGAUUCAUAUCCGGCUCGAAGGACCAGACAAUGUAAUUCUGAAUGUAGAUUUAGUACUUCAACUUCAGUCUCUGAAGACGGUAACUUGGUUAACAAAACGCGUAGACGGUGUAAUUGGGAGUAAAUGUCCCCAAAUGAAGAGUCCAGUUACUGUAAAAGAAGUUACGCUAUCAAAGAUGUCGUUUCAAUCGCGCGUACUCGGCAUCCUUGAUCGGUUCUUCUUUUGGUAUAGAAGCUCGAGCUCGUUUUGUAUUCAAUCCGGCUUAAAAGCUUACGAACGAUAUAGUAUUACCCCGUUCUGAAGAGAUCCAACAAUAUAAAAACAUGUCAACGGAUUAUAUUGCAAUUGCGAAUCAUAAAUGAUGUGAUUAUGGGGAAAAAAUCGAUCGACAUGUUUUUUGAACACAUUAGCCGGGAAAGUGAUUGUUCUAUUCACUAAGGCUCGGAAUGGAAUAUAAGAGAGGAAUUUAUCGGUGCCAAUGUUGUUAUACACGAAACGAAUAACUGCGCUAGCUCGUAUUGUCUUCAAUCCUGGUUAUAAGCUUCUUAACGAGUUACCAUGUUCUGUAGAAAUCCAACAAAAUAAAAACCGGUCCACGAAUCAUACCACUCCCCCUGCAAUUGCAAUCCAUUAAAGAUGUUGAUUUUGAGAAAAAGUCGCAUUGGAGAAGAUGUCGAGGCAUUUAUCAGAAAAAUUGAUGUUUUAGGAAGGGUCAUGUAUUUGAAUUAACAAAGUUGUGAAAAUAGGGAAAGCAAACUGUAAAAAUAUCGA